GUCUGCAUCAAAUACAUGUGACAACGACCAUCGCACGGUGUUACAAAUGUACUACUAAAUUAAUUUGUCAUAAAACCAGGUCUUGACACAGAAUACACCAAAGAAUUCCGCAAUGGACAAAUUCCCAUUAUCCUGUGACACGUUUGUAGCACUGCUGCCAGCUACAGCCAGUGGCUAUGUGAUCUUCGGCAAGAACUCUGACAGGCCGGACAAUGAGGUUCAGGAAGUGAUCUACCGGCCCGCUGCAAGUUUUCAACCAGGGGAGAAACUGCAGUGCACCUACAUAGAGGUGGAUCAUGCGCUGAGCACCAAUGCGGUGAUCCUCAGCAAACCAGCCUGGAUGUGGGGCGCAGAAAUGGGGGCCAACGAGAAAGGCGUUGUCAUAGGUAACGAGGCAGUGUGGACAAAGCUGAAUGGAGCCGAGGAUUACACUGAGUGCCUUCUGGGAAUGGAUCUCUUAAGGCUAGGCUUGGAACGCGGGUCAAGUGCCCGUGAAAGCCUGGAGGUGAUCACAGCACUGUUGGAGACCCACGGUCAGGGUGGAGCCUGCGCGGAGGGUGGAGACAUGUACUACCACAACAGUUUCAUCAUUGCUGACUGCACAGAGGCCUGGGUGCUGGAGACGGCCGGGAAAUUGUGGGUUGCAGAAAGGGUCACAGAAGGGGUGAGGAACAUAUCAAACCAGUUGACAAUCACUACAAAAUAUGACCUGUCUUCCCCAAAUCUGGUCGAAAAGGCAACCGGCCUCAAACUGUACAAUCCUGAAGAUGGCGAGUUUAACUUUGCAAAAGUUUUUGACCAGGAUUCCAUGUCCAGUGUUAUUUUACGAUUCUGUAACGGCCGAAAAUUGAUGAAGAAAUAUGCAGAGAAUGGUACCUUCUCAGUGACCGACAUGAUGAACAUACUCCGGGACACGGACAGCGGCAUCAACAGGCAAUCUGGCACCUGCGGUAGUCAGGUCUCCAUGUUACCUAGAAACAGCACCUCUGCCUCCAUAGCAACGGGCAUGCCUUGCUGCCAUUGGUUCACAGGCACUCCCGACCCAGCAGUCAGCAUGUUUAAGCCGUUCAUAUUCACGCCUAACGUUUCGAUUGGUCACUUGACGACGUCGCCCGAUCACGGUGCGGACGAUCCUGCCAGAAAACAGCCGAGGUUUGGAGGCAAGGUCGAGCGAAGGCAUCCCCUUUAUAUUGCACACGAGAAAUUGCUGACAUUGCAAGUUCAGAGUGAGGCCAAGGCUUCAGCGAUAAUUAAGAAUGUUAGAGAUUUGGAGUUGAAUUGUGUCGCCGAUAUGGAUGAGGUGCUGAAAUGCUUUGAUGAAUCGUCAUAUUCUAAGGUGAAUGAAUUGUUCGCACAUAUGUCUAAUAUGGAGUCAAAUUUUUAUAAAUAGAUAGGUUUAUUUUUAUCGCAAGAAUUGUUACUUUUUCUAUGUAAUAGAAAACCAAUCUAGUCUAUAGCAUCAAGUGAUAUUGCUUACAUGUUUUUAAGAGGUGAAUAUCUGCACAAUAUUUUGCUUGUGCGCUAAAUGUUGCAUUGAAGUUCUUUACAUUGAAGACCAUUGUACGUGUGAUUGAUCUUAAAAGGGCCUGUUAUCAUCAAACACUUUUUUAAAUAAGAAUAAAUAAAAAUCUGAAUGAACACAAGAAUGGUAAAAUGUUUUGCUACUUUUUAAAUCAUGUAAAAGGUUUAUCAUACACAUAUGUAACUUUGUUUUAUCAUAGUCUAUGGUUUAGUUUGACUACACUUCAACACCGUUAUUUCGAAGUCGUCGGAACCGUUAAAAAAACUUUGGAUUAACGAUAAUUCGAAAUAAACAUUUGACAGAAGACUUCUUUGAUUCCUUAAAAAUAAAACGUUGUAAAAUUCGCAUGGUUUGGUUACAGGCUUACUUAAAAACGUAAACUAGUCAGAUAGCAAUAUAUUUCUACUCGUAACAAACGGUGGAAUAAAACGAUUCUUUUUCUUGUUUUUAUUUUACAGAACAUAUAAAAUAAAACGAAUAGCACAAAUUAUCAGACAAACAUACAUAUGCAUACAUUUUCGUAAAAUGAAUUUGUAAACAAUUAACUAAAUGUUAGACUAAUAAGUACAUGUACUAGCUUUUGUAUUUUAAUUUUACAAAACCUUGUUACCACCCUAGAUGUUACAAGUAUGACUCAAUCUAGAUCAUACUUGGUCAUGUUGUUAGUUUAGUGUAACCCUUUCAGUGCGGGAACCGAAUUUUGAAGGCCUUUGCAAACAGUUUGGAUCCAGAUGAGACGCCACAGAACGUGGCGUCUCAUGAGGAUCCAAACUGUUUGCUAUUCUGAUAAGAUUCUUUGAAAAAAAUCUAAGAAAAUGCUAAUUUUAGAAAUUAGGCAGACAACAUUUUAGCAGACGACAAAUUUCCCAGCAUGCAAAGGGUUAAACCUAUUAAUUUUAGCUCAAUUGCAUCGAAAGCCUAUGGCUGAUUGAAACGCUAUCCAUUCCGUUUCCUGGGACAUAGAACCAGUACUUGGUGCCUUGGGGGAGAUUUAAAAAACUCUCCCACAGUGGGGAUCGAACCUGUGACCUAUUGGUUGCUAGGUAGACACCAUAUCCACUACUCCAUGGCAACCUUGGUCAGAAUUUUCAUCUUGACACUUUCAAAUCUGAUAUUGAAUUUGGGUUACAUGUGUUGAAAACAAGGUCACCCGGUCAAAUUUAAUUAAGGUCCCCAUGGUGUAAUGGAUAUGAUGUCCAUCUAGCGACAAGGAGUUCAUCGGUUUUAACCCCACUGUUGGAGAGAUCUUUAGAUCUCCCCCAAAGACACUAAUUACAAAAUGUACUGGUUGCUAGGCCCAGACAAUGGAUUUAAGAGCAUUUCAAUAAACUGAGAGUUUUCAAUGCAAGAGAGCAAAAAUAAAUAGGGUUAAACUAAAUCUAAGAAAAACCUUUUUACCAAUCUAGAAAUAAAUUUAGUUUAUGUUAAAUGUGGGAAAACUCUUGAUGAUAUGGUAUAUGAAAUUUCUGUUUACAUGUGUAUGCUUUUGUGCUAUUGUUGUUAAAGGUCCAGUAAAUUUGACAUGAUCAUAGUUUUGAGAAAAGAGUGAAUUUUUUUCCAUGCCCUAUGGACACAUGUCUCAUUCAUUUUGGUCUAUUCUAUUGUUCUCUUAUUCUUAUAAAGUCUGUACUUCUUACAGGUCAAGUCUUCAAGGCCUGGUGAUGUAAAAUAAAUUUUAGCUUAAGUAAUAUGGUAUCUUUUUGUUUUGUAUUUGCUGUUUUUGUUUUUGCUGUUAAGGGUAUCCAUCAACUAUGUGAAACAGAAAAAUCGGUGAAACAUUUUCCCUUUAAGACUAUUGAAUAUGUGGCAAAAAUCGGGGGAAAAUUUGGAAAUUUGAGGAAAAGGUUAAAAAAAUCCUUGAUAAAAAAUUGAAUUAAAAGUUGAAGUGUAGAAUUUGUAAUUAAAGAAACAUAAUUAUAUGUGUUUUGCAACUAAAAUUGAGUUAUAUUUAAACUUACUCUACGGAACCUAAUAUUCCUUUUGAAAAAAACAGACAAACAUCAAGUGAUUUGGCCAGUCUGUUGUUGUUUUUCUUGUUGUUGUUGUUGUUUGUGAUUACUGGUAUGUAAGAUAUAGCAGUGUAUAUUUUGUGCUUAAAGGGUAAUGUUUCUUUAAAUGCAAAUUUAUUUAAGAUGAUGAUGAGGUUUUAAGGUGAUUUGACUGAAAGUGGUGACAGUUUUUGCUAUAAGCAUCUUGUAUGAAUUAAUUUUGGUGUUGUUAAUAUUAUAAGCAGUGUUUACUUUUGUUCAGGUUGUAUGAUGAUGAUGCAAAGUUGCUUGUUGGAAAUUGAUCACAACUUCUUAUUGCUUCUUUAUAAAGUACCAAUAAAAGGUACUCUCACAAUUGAGAAAAAACUACUAAUUUUCCGAUUUUCUUCUAAAAAAUUCCCAAAAGGAAAGAAAAAUUUCGUCAAUUUUAGUCCAAACUUGCAUUAUCUUAAAAUGAAGAAAUAAAAUGAGUACUCAAACUUAACAUUUCAAGCCAAAAUGCAUGUAAAUGAAUGUUUGAAUUUUUUGUGCAAUUUAUACCAAGCAAUUUAAAAGACCCAAAGUUCCCAAACUAAAGAUAACAUGGUGCAAAUUUUCCUAAUUUUAGCGUUUUUGUGAUAUUUUUUCUCAAAUUUGUAUGGUACAGGUACUUUUCCCAAUUGGGCAAACAAAUCACUGGAUCACAACUGAGGUAUACAUGAAAAGAGCCGUUAAUCAUGUGAAAUACAUACAUCAAAUAAUGUUAACUUUUGUGUGUCAAAUAAUUAUUUCUUUCCAUCUUUACCUGAACUAAAAUUGCAUGAGAAAUUGAACGUUCAUUGAAUGGUGGGCAGAUCUUUACAUUCAUACUCUUUUAACAAGUCACAAAGGAAGCUAUGUGUCUUGAUUUUUUCUGAAAAAAUGUGAUAAUAAAUGCUUCAUUUUCUGAUCAAACUCAAAACACAUUUCUUUAAUGAAUCUUUGAGCAAAUGUUGGGACAAUUUAUUUGUAUGUUUUCUAAUGGGAUAUGAAUGAAAAAUAUUUUGUCUUUCCCAUUUCAUAAUGUGACUUAUUUGUUUGGUGUUAUUGUAAAGCUACAGAUGUUUGCUAUGUUGUUGCAAUUUAUUUAUUUAUUGUUGAUACAGUUUUAAAGAUAUUUUAAAUUUUUCUUGGUAAAUCAUCUACAGUCCACUCUCGUUAUCUCGACAUCGGAUAUCUCGAUAUUCUCGAUAUGUCGAAGUAAGUUCAAUGUCCCAACUUUUUUUCUUCUUUAUCUAUAUAAAUAAACAUCGCAUAUCUCGAUUUUCGUUAUUUCGAAUAAUUCGAUAUCUCGAUAUAAAAUUUUGUCCCGAGUCCCGCUUUUACAGGUAUUUACUGUGGUUUGUCUCGAAGUGCGAAUAACUGUUCCAGUGUCGGCAAAAGGUGAGAACAAAUUUCUUUGAUUCUUCACCGCCCCGCUUCGCCCGGCUGCUCACGAUACUGUGCGGUAGGAAAUUGAUCCGUUAAUUGCAUCAAUGAUCGCACGUGUGUAGUGUCGUUAGCCCUUAACACUUGAGUAAGGCCUGUCACAUUAACUGUCACUUAAACAUCAGUUAACUGCAAAUAAUACACAGCCUGUAUGUAGAUCUGGGGAUGUUGAGUAAUAAAGAUAAUAAAGACAAGACUCAAAAUGGCUUUUAAUUUUUAUUUGAUCCUGUACUAGUAAUCGAUUGAACUUAGCAUUUCGAACUACAAAAUGUGCAUGUACAGUUCAGUAUUCCGGAACGUGAUUUACGCAUGUUCAGUUGGAAAACCCUCGUCUUGAUUGGACGUCAAUUGCAUCAUAACUUUAAAUAGCAACAUUACCGGAUGUUUACUCGACAGUUUAGAAAAAUUAUAACCGCAUGUGUUCAUGCAACUCUGUAAUACUUAAAAACGUCAUUUUAAGCAUUUAAAUAGCAAAAAUAAUCGUACCUCGUAAAAACGCGCAUAUAUCAGGUAGAGAGUAUUAUGCCACGUGGUGACGGCUUUAGUUAGACCACUUAGCAGGUAUUUAGGUGUUAAAAACAAGGUAAAUUUUCGUCUCAUUUUUUCUUUGAAAACGCCUAAUCGGAUAUCUUGAACUCUCGUUAUCUCGAUAUUUUUUCUUGUUCCCGCCGACUUCGAGAUAACGAGAGUGGACUGUAUUUUGGAAAAAACAGGGUUGAGUUAAAACUAGAUUAUCCCCUGGCCAAGAUUUCUUGGUCCCAUUAUCAAUACAAUCGUCACAUUUGUGAACUAUUUACUUCUGUUGCUACAGUGUAUUCUACAAUAAUUUCUACUUGUCUAUACUAUUUCCAUCUUUAAUUUAAAUACAAAUAAAGUUCGAAAUAUUUAAAACAUUCAACCCAAACAACAUACAAAAGCCAUGUAUUUUAUAACAAUAGGUUGUUCCUAUUGAAGAAAUGACAUAACGUUAAAUUGAUAUCACAUGAAUUUACGAUAGUUUUUAACCUUUUCUGUGCACUGACAUGUCCAAGUCUAAAUAUAUUCGAUUGGUAAUCUUCACUGUAGAUCAGUACUCGACAUCAAUGAGUUUACUUUGCUGUUAAACCGAUAUUGUCAUCGUUAAAUGUUUGUACCAUUAUCGUAACUAUUAAACCCAAUAAAACAAUAAAAUAUA